GCGUGACGUGAGUGGGCGUGUCUGAGUAGGCGGGGAGCAGGCCGCUGUCAAGCAGACAUGGAGACCCGCUACAACCUGAAGAGCCCGGCUGUGAAGCGACUCAUGAAGGAAGCAGCAGAACUGAAAGACGCUACAGACCACUAUCAUGCCCAGCCACUCGAGGAUAAUCUUUUUGAAUGGCACUUUACUGUCAGGGGUCCACCAGAUUCAGAUUUUGACAGCGGCAUUUACCAUGGCCGAAUUGUUCUUCCACCUGAAUACCCCAUGAAACCUCCAAGUAUCAUUUUGUUAACAGCUAAUGGUAGAUUUGAAGUUGGGAAGAAAAUUUGCUUAAGUAUUUCUGGGCACCAUCCUGAAACGUGGCAGCCAUCUUGGAGUAUCCGAACUGCAUUGUUGGCCAUUAUUGGAUUCAUGCCUACAAAAGGAGAAGGUGCCAUAGGUUCCCUAGAUUACACACCUGAAGAAAGGAAAGCACUUGCCAAAAAGUCUCAGGACUACUUCUGUGAAGCGUGUGGAAUAAGUAUGAAGUCUGCUUUGCUACCACUUAACUCAGAGUCCAGUCGAGAUGAUAGAGAAGACAGAGAACUUGCUAGACAAAUCAGUUUUACGGCUCAAGUAAAUCCUCCAGGAAAUUCCCAAACAGAAGGAAACAAGCAGCUGCAAAAGUCACCUGAACCAGACCAAACGACUCCUACAACUCCUCAGGCUGAGAAUCAGGAUGGUCAACCCAACUCUGGUGAAGAGGCUACAGAGCCAACGCCUGCUGUAAACACCUCUAGGAGCCCUAGGCAGAGACGGGUACAUCAGAGAAGGAACCCAGCUUCACCAGGUCUCAUUGAAGUUCAACACCAUGCUGUUAAUGGCAGCAACACUGGCUCAGCAAUUCUCAUAGUUGUGCUGACAUUUGCAUUGGCAGCUCUUCUUUUCCGUAGACUGUAUUUAGCCAAUGAAUACAUUUUUGACUAUGAUCUAUAAUGUUUGCAGAGAAUGACAGGAAUGUCUCAAUAAACCAUUUGUAUCAGGUAUGUUAGGAUUACAGUCUACAGAUUGUAUUUAAUGACUGUUUAUGGUAUACUGUGGCAUUUUUGCAGGGAUGUUGUUGGCCAGACAUAUGCAGAAAUGUUAAUGCUAAAAUAUAUAUCCUCGGGGGAAUGGUUAGCGAUGAGAUGCAUGUAUGUUUUAUAUGGAGGACUGCAGCACUCCUGUGAUUUCACUAUUUGAAUUUCCCGUGUGACAUCUCCCAUAUGCUCCUGUGUCAGGCCAUAUACAUACAUACAUACAUAUAUAUUAUUACUUCUUCAGUUGGUUUAAUAUUGCAACUUGCGAUGGAGAAUGGCAUAGUUUACCUGCUGCCAAGCUUGCCCCUUCUCUACUGUUGCCCUUUCCCACUCUAGAUUUGAACAUACAGGACAGACCGGUUGGUGACACACCGCCUAACCGCAUCCUUCUUUGGGAUUGUCAGUCAUAUUACUUGUUCUAGCUCAUGGUAUCUCAGCAAGACUCGCACUCACUUCUUUGUCCCAAAAGUUUGGUGGAGAAGACUACAUAUUUAAAUCUGUGGAGAAGAUUUACUGAAGAACAACCUACGUUUUAAAACCCUGCCCCAUGUUCUUUUGCAUUGCAGUGUACAGAAUAGAUAAACAUAGAGGACUUUUUUCUUUUUUUUAUAUGCACCCUGUGCCAAUGGACUGAUACAAACCGAGUUGAACUAAAUAAUAGCGUUUUGGGAUCUAAAUCCACCAUCAAUGAGAAUUCAUCUUGCUGAUGCCCAACAUCCGGCUACAAGCUUCCAGUUUCUCGCCAUUCGAUCUGGUUUUGCAUUACAGUGAAGUUAAUCUUACACUUUAAGCCUGGGCUACACAUAUUCUAUUUUUUCUGUACUGUUACUGAUUUUUGACUAUUAAGUGACAGGAACAGUCCAAAAGAUUACAUAUAACUCCAAUGCUUUGGCAUGCAGCUAUGAAACUAUAUAAAGUGUCUGUGAAGGUCUAUCCUAUCUUUAACGAAAGCCUGUCACUAUGAAGAACCUUUAAAGGGGUGUGGCCAGGAUUAGAAAAACAUGGCUGCUUUCUUCCAAAAAAUGGCACCACACCUGUCUACAGGUUGUGUGUGGUGUUGGAGCCCUGUAGACCCAACCCGACCAGACACAACCAAUGGACAGGUGUGGUGCUGUCUUUGGAAGAAAGCAGCCAUGUUUUUCAAUCCUGGACAACCCCUUUACAUUUUUAGUGUGAUACCCUAUACUAUUGAAUGUAAUUGCAUCCACUAAAUUAACCAAAGUACCAAAAAGAGUCACCUGAUCCCUCAGCCAAUUAGCUGCUUUACAUAAGAUCAUGUGAUGGUUAAUCAGGGAGUACAUGGCAUUUUCGUAGCUACUGAAUGGAAGACGGGGUACAUGUAAUUCCACAGAGCCAGAAGAACUUUUUUUUCCCGCCCCACCCCUAUGGCACUUUAGGGGCUAUUAUUUUUAUAUAAUUACAUCCAUUAUUGGAAUUAUAUUGAAGAAUCGUACUAAUGACGCUUUUUUUUAAAUAGGUGCGUCAUAGUUACCAUUCUCUUUAAGACCUCUUUCACACUGGCGUGUGCGUCCUGUUUCCGUAUUGCGGCCCGCAAAAUGCUGGCCUUAAUACACGAGCAUAGUCCGUGGGGCAGCUGCAGCGGAUCCAGCCGUUCCGCAAAAAGAUAGGACAUGUUCUAUCUUUUUGCGGAACGGAAGUACGUAGGGUUCUGUUCCGUUCCGCACCAUUCCGCAUCUUCGGAUUUGC